ACACAUAAAAACUUAUUCAUUAAUUCAAGGUGAAAAAUUAGCAAUUGCUCAUCAUCCUGUUAAUAUGAAAGAAAAAAAUAUUUCCAAGGAAGAUAUUAAAAAAAAUUAUGGUUUAUCAAGUUAUCCAAAUGAAUGGACAAUAUUUGAAGUUGGAAAAUUUAUCUCACAUUUAACUGAUGAUACAAUUGCUAAUGUCUUUUGUAAGUUUCAUAUCAAUGGUAAAGCAUUAUUACUACUAACAAAAGAAAUAUUACGUGAUGAUAUGAAAAUUCAUGUAGGACCAUCAAUAAUAAUAUUGAAUGAAAUAUCAAAAUUACAUUAA